AUGGGACCCUUCCUUCUGUCAGCCACCGCUGUCAAAAUUGGGGAAUUCUCCCUCAAACGUAUCACCCACCUCCUCCUUGGCCUCCUUGGCCAAGUUGAGCGCCUUGAACAGGAGGUCACAGAAAUUAAGGAAGCAGGGAUUGAGACCCGCACCAAUGUCAAGAACAUCUCUCAAACCGUCAAUGUUGUCAAGGAUGGGCUUAAAAACCUCCAACUCCAUGGGCCCAGGACCCCAGAAGAUACCAAGCCCCUGGUCAUGGAAGCAACGCCACGCCCCUUACCAAAGGCCAACCCUACUGGAUUGGUUAGUCGGGUCUCCUUCUGGCCCAAACCACCAAAAGGGCUCCCAUCCUUUGCCCAACCAACCCCAGUACAAGCAGUACCCCUGCAAGUCCCAUCUCUCCCUAUCUCUCCGCAUCUCCAAUCCCCAAUUGGAGUUCCUGCCCCUUUCCCUCUGGCUCCAGCCACCCACUACCCCGCUCUGGUCAAGGUUGACCACCCCAAUGCCUACACAGGCAAAAUAGGGAGCAAAGCCAAGCAGUGGCUGACUUGUAUGCUGGCCUGGACCCGCCUCAACUUGCGGAUGUUCCCAACCAAUCAGGAGGUUCUUUCCUUCCUCCUGAUGAACAUGAAAGAUUCUGCUGGGGCCUGGGCCCACCCUCACUUAGACCAACUAGGCUCACAACAAGCCAUAAUUCAAACGGUUGAGGGUUUCAAAUUGGAGUUUUUGGCAGCAUUUGGUGACCCUGACGCCACAAGGGCCGCCAAGCAGAAGAUAACUACUCUUACCCAGUCUGGCACAUGCGCGGACUAUAUUACAAAGUUCAGAACCUUGGCAAUGGAGCUGGACUGGAACAACGCGGCCCUUAGAGGCCAGUUUGCCCGUGGCCUCCACUGGGAGGUCAGCUGUCAAAUAGCAACCCGCAAGCACCGCCCUUGUACCCUCCUUGAGCUGCAAAAUGCAGCACUUGUCAUCAACAAUGCUCUCCGCAAAGAGCGUGCUAGCCAUCCACCAAAGGAUAGUAAGCCUAGCAGACCAUCCAACCCUGCAAGGGGGACAAGUACUGGUCAAGCCACUUCCGGUUCAAAGAAACUCUCCAACAACCCCAACUUUGUGUUGGAAGAAGAACAAAACCGCCGCCGCGCCGCCAGCGCCUGCAUCAAGUGCGGUAAAAUGGGCCAUAAGUUUGCGGAAUGCUGCACAGGCUGGAAAGCCACCCCUAUCAAGGAUAAGGGAAGGCUAAGGAAACCGCCAAGACUGGCAAAGAAUCUGGACCCAAAUUGGGAAAAGAUUAAGGAAAAGCAAGCAGAUAUAUUAGAAGUCCUGAUAGACUCAGGCGCCACUUCAUCAUUCCUCCACCCUUGCACAGCAGAACUACUCUGCCUCCCUCUAAUAGAUCUCCCACACCCCCACACUGUUACUAUGCUCAAUGGGUCAAGCCCCCAGGCUGGAAAGAUUUGGAAGAAGGCUCAUCUAACCUUCCUAAUUGAUGGCAAGCGCAUGACAGAAACCUUCCUGAUUUGCAACACUGGGUCACACGCUGCCAUCUUAGGAAUCAAAUGGUUGGAAACGCACAACCCCAAAAUUGAUUGGAACUCACAAACCCUCUCCUUCCCUCACAAUCCGCCAGAACACGUGGCCAUUGCCAAGGAGGAAGAAGCUGAUCCAAACCCCUUAGAAGGAGUACCCUCCAAGUACCACCAAUACGCCAAGGUAUUUGGAGAAGAAGAAUUCAAUAAGCUUCCUCCCCACAGGCAUUACAACAUUGGGAUUGAACUCACAGAGGAGGGGCCCCUCAACUUGCCUCUUUACAGCAUGACUGACGCCAAGUCCACCACACUCAAGGACUGGCUCAGGGACAAAUUAAAAGCUGGAAAGAUCCACCCCAGCAAAUCCUUGAUCAGUUCCCCCGUUAUGUUUGUCCCUAAGAAGGAUGGUUCCCGCCGCUUGGUUGUUGACUACCGCCGCCUCAACAACCGGACCAAAAAGAACGUCUACCCACUUCCCCAUCCUGAUGAUCUAAUGGCCCAGCUCCAUGGCGCCAAGGUCUUCACUAAACUGGACUUGCAAUGGGGUUACAACAACGUCUGUGUUAAGGAAGGGGACAAAUGGAAGACCGCCUUCCGCACCAAGUACGGUCUAUACAAGUCUCUGGUCAUGACCUUUGGCCUAACAAACGCCCCUGCCGCCUUCCAGCACUUCAUGAAUGAACUGUUCAAGGACUUGUUGGACGUAUGCGUCAUCAUUUACCUGGAUGAUAUUCUAAUUUACUCUAAGGAUGACGCAUCUCACACACAACACAUUCACAAGGUCCUGAAACGGUUAAUGGAUAACCAGUUGUUCUGCAAGGCGUCAAAAUGUACUUUCCACGUUACCUUGGUAGAGUACCUAGGGAUCAUUGUCUUGGAUAAGGGUUUUAGUCUGGAUAAGCUCAAAAUCCAGGCAGUACAAGAAUGGCCGGUACCCACCAAAGUAAAAGAAGUUCAAUUGUUCCUGGGGUUUGCCAACUUCCUUUGUUGUUUUGUUGCCAACUUGAGCCACAUGGCUAGGCCAUUACAUAACCUAGGACUAAAAGACGCCAUCACCAACGCCCCGGUCCUUUGCCAUGCUGACCCAUCCAAACCUUAUUUUCUGGAGACAGAUGCCUCUGGCGCAGCUCUAGGUUCCAUACUUAGUCAACAACAGGAAGACGGCCGCUUACACCCACUAGGGUUCCUAUCAGAGUCUUUCAAAGGUGCCAAACAGAACUACAACACUCACAAUAAGGAACUGCUUGCAAUCAUCUGUUCCUUUGAGUACUGGCGCAUUUUCCUGGAAGGGACUCAGCAUCCAAUCACCAUAUUUACCAACCACUGCAACUUGGAAUACUGGAAAGAGUCCCGCACAUUCAACCAACACCAUGCACAAUGGCACUUACUCCUUGCCGGUUAUAACUUCCAAAUUGUAUAUAGGCCAGGAAAACAAUUGGGAAAGCCAGAUGCCUUGUCACGUCAAGCGGAUCAUGCGGAUAUCCCACCAGAACCCCAGUCCAUGUUACCAGAUCUGGUAUUUGCCAACAUUGCCUUAGUUACACCAGAAAAGGAGCUACAACGCCAGAUUGAGUCAUCCCUGGACCAGGACAAGUCCCUGGAGGAAAUCCUCCAAUUCCUGCAGAACAAGUCCAAAGCACCCCCCUCCAUCAAACGUGCGUUUAAGGAUUAUGAGAUGGAGGCUGGUCUACUCUUCUACCAAGGACGGAUUGUAGUUCCUGAUGUUGGAACACUAAGGACAGACCUACUCUGCAUCUUCCACAACAGCCCCUUGGCAGGACAUCCGGGAAGACAGCGCACUCUAGAGUUGGUAUCAAGGAACUACUACUGGCCUGGCAUCCGUGCUGAGACAUAUUGGCAUGUGGAUUCCUGUCAUAAACAGAGGAAAAUAGAACUAGCUGGAAUUGAACCAGCUUGA